ACUCUGCAAGGGAAGCUGCCAUCCUUACUAUUCAGGCAUCCCCCCUCUGGAUGAAUUAACGAUCUAUAAAUAUCAUAAAUGUUGUGAUUCACUGAGAAGUUCAACAAGCGCUAAUGCACUGGAGAACAUCCAGAGUAUACCGACUGAAGAGGCAUUUCUGAAGAAGCACAUGUAAUGUUAUGUCUUGCUCCAAAAUGAUGCUGUGUCUUCUUCUUGAGACCAUCUGUUUCGCACUAUACAGUGCAAAAGAACUGUCAGACUCUCAGCCGGCGAUCUUCAAGCCCGCAGUCAUAUACACAAGCCCGAAUUCAGCGGUCAUCACAUGGGAAAAGCUACGACAAGAUCAAGAAAUGGAUGGUUACGUCAUUGAGUAUGGAAAAAACUGGCAGAACUCCAAAACAUUCCAUGUCUCAAGGAGUUCAACCACAGCAAUGAUUCCAAACCUUGAGCCCGAUACUUUGUACAAUAUUCGUGUACGAGCUCCCGAUAUCAAUAACGGAGGCACCCACCCAGGCCCUUCUGUUAGUUUUCGCACCAGGACUCAAGAUUCUGCCAGUAUAGGAGUUCCUCAGAACAUCGUCGUGGUACCAUUGCCUUUAUAURAGUUGCUAGUAACCUGGGAUCUACCGUAUAGAGCACGUGCGUCCGAUGUUGUGCACUAUACUCUUGUUUUUGCUCCGGUUUACUCGCCAUAUCUAAGAAAAACGUCUCUGCUUCUACCGGGCCAUUACAAAUCCUUCACAUUGACCUAUCUACGGCCAAACACACUGUACAAAGUCAAACUCGCAGCUCUUCUGAAGAAAAGAAAGGGUCCGUACAGUUCUUGGGUAAUUGCUCAAACCGUCAAUCAACUGCGACUGGACAAUCCAAUCCAACCUACGACAAAGAAGCCUUAUCAUCACCAAACAGGAAAAACGGGUAUUAUGACAUCUCCAUCGACCCAUUCUACGACAAAAACAACAAGACCAGAUUUACAGCUAACAACCAAACGGCUUAUACUGCCAAACAAAAAUGUGACGGAGGAAAGUAUACUAACGACACCAUACCAAACAAAGGAGCAGUCGUCGAUGAGGCCAAUAACGGCAACGAUGGAAAUAAAAAAAAGCAAGACACUGCAGGCUACAGAACCUAUAGGAGAAAUAACAGAGAUGGCAGAAAUUUCAACACAAAGUACUACACAAGCAACAGGGGAUGAGAUAUUAGUGACAACAGGACAAACUUAUGAAAGUACGGUGCAACCUUCAGAUAAUGAAAAAGAUGAAACAACGCAGCAAACAACACGAGUGCAUGAAACAACAGAAGGAAAACUGCUACGAACCACACAACAAACAACUGCACAAACAUUACAAAGAACGACAACAGCAGCCAAUCAACAUACAACACGAGAAGCAGCAAACACUACGAUAACAACACCAUCACCAUCACCUCCACGAUACACAGAACAAGUGAGUGAAACCAUGACGCAUCAAAAAACCACAUUAACAACUGAAGGAACAAAGGAACAAACGACAGAAGUUACCGAACAAGUUAAAGAAAGGACGACACAGGAAACGCUGCAGCAACUAACUACACAAUCACACGAACAAACAACACAGAAACCAACUUCAAGCCAUCUACGAACAAAUACAGAAGUUACCGAACAAGUAACAGAAAGGAUGAUACAGGAAACGCUGCAGCAAACAACUACACAAGCAAACGAACAAACAACACAGAAACCAACUUCAAGCCAUCUACAAACAACUACAGAAGCUACCGAACAAGUUACAGAAAGGAUGACACAGGAAACGAUGCAGCAACCAACUACACAAGCAAACGAACAAACAACACAGAAACCAACUUCAAGCCAUCUACAAACAAAUACAAAUGCUGUAUCUGGUACUGUAGACAUCCUUCAAACAACCACCUUUUCAGUGGCAGCUGUAAGAGAUCAACAAGUGACAGAUUCUCAGUUAUUUUCAUCCAGUUCGUCACCAAGGCAACCAAAUAUCAUUAUCACACCAUCAACCUCAACAAUGCCAAAUUUAGUGAUUACGGGAACUUUGCCUACAACCGAUACACAGCCACAACAAGAUAGUACUUGCGAACUUUUGAAACCUUCCAUGUGUAGUGACAUUGGCUACAAGACGACAAAAAUGACAUCCAAAGAAGGACAGAAUGAAAUGUUGGAUCACGUUAAAUCCAUAUGGUCUCAUUUAACGCCGUUAUGUCAAAACCACGCUAAACUGAAGCAGUUUCUAUGCGCUGCUAGUUUUCCAUAUUGUAGUAAAGAAUUGGGAGGACCAUUCUUUCCAUGUCGGUCCAUGUGCAUGUUGACCAAGAAGAAUUGUAAAAUUAUUAGAAAGGAUUGGCCGGCUGAGUUGGAUUGUUCAAAAUUCCCAGAUGUUGGUGAGAGCGCAAUAUGUAUUUCAUAUGGCCAUGAAAGUGAGGUAUCAACCACGACGGCCAUCCACGUCACCCAGUGGAGUUCAGUCCCACCAACUAAUCAUCCAUCAUUGGAGAGUCAAACUAUCUCCACGUUGGCAACCGAAUCAUCACCUGGUUUAGCAACAACCAAUCCAGCAAUCGUUGAACCAAAAUCACUACCGAAUCACUGUGAGCCGUUGUAUUUGAAGGCUUGUGACGGUGUUGGAUACAAAUAUGUCCAGUUUCCAAACUUUUUUAACCAAACGCAUCAGAACGACGCUGGGAGAAAGAUUUCGAAAUAUUGGCCGUUAAUCGAACUAAAAUGUUCGACACUAUUCAAAUUAUUCUUGUGUUCUUUGUACACACCAAUGUGUACGAGUAAAAUAACUGAUGAACGUAACAUGCUACCUUGUCGUUCGCUGUGUCAGCAAGUAACUAGUGAUUGCAGCUAUUACAUGAAGGUAUAUGGGUUUACAUGGCCUGAAGGCAUAACGUGUGAAGAUUUUCCUGCUGUUAAUGAUGGCACUUGUCUUAGCCAAAAGUAUUUAACAAGCCUUCGUCAAGGAAACGAAAACGCUUUACCAACUUCUCCUACCAUCUCAAAUAAAGCCCAAGUCACGAUAUUUGAACGGUUUUCAACGAAAGCAAACAGUCUUACUUCACCGGGUGCCAUUUCUGUUGAGCAAGAAUCGACAACAGUGGAAUCUAGUCCUUCUUCUUUAACAAAGCCAAUUUCAACACCUAAAGAAAAAGCAAAGCCCACUUUGGCAACUCAGCCUAGAACUGGAAAAAAUAUUAAAGUAAUUCAAAAUGAACAAGUAGAGAAUUCUACUGAAGCCAUAGUGCAACGGAAUGAGGAAGAUUUUAAGUCGUCUGUUAAACCUGCGACUCGCUUUUCCAUGAACGAGAAAGAUGACCACCUUACUUCCACAAAAUCAAGCUUCACCUCUUCCCCGACGUUUCCUGUCAUAAUCUCUCCUCCAUCAGGUUGUGAGGGCUUAAGCUUAAAGAUAUGUCAAGGAGUAGGUUAUGACUUCACUCAGUUCCCAAAUUUCUUCAACCACAAGUACCAAAAUGAUGCUGGACGUGAGGUGUACAGUUUUUGGCCGUUGCUGGAAAUCAAUUGUUCUCCAAAGCUUCAACUAUUUAUAUGCUCCCUGUAUGCUCCUAUAUGUACCAAGACUCUCUCUAGUGUCAGAAGUAUGACUGGGGCUUUGACACUCAAUAUACUUCCUUGUCGAUCACUCUGUCAUCAAGUUAAACGAGAGUGCAGAACCGUGAUGAAGCUGUACGACCUCGAGUGGCCUCGUGGCGUAGAGUGUACCAAUUUUCCAGUGGAUGGUGAAAAAAACUGUAUCUAUGGCAAGACAAAUGAUACUGACAGUAAAGGUUUGUUUAAGAUAUCGAAAGCAAGGAAAGGAUUGUCUCCUAACAUACCAUCGACCCCAUUGCCAGGUAUAAUGAAAUGUCAACCGCUUUCACCGGACCACCCUUGCAAGAACCACUACGAAAUGGCUUCUCUUUCAAAUGCUUCAGAAUCGUUUGAGAAUAUAAAGAAAUUAAUAGAGGAUCAUGCGUCGGAAAUCAAAGACUGGGCCAGCAAGAAAUGCCUUAGAAAUCUUGAAAUGUUUCUGUGCUCGGUGCAUACUCCUCGCUGUUCAAAAAAUGGGACAAAGUUUGGUCCUUGUCGAUCGCAGUGCAAAACAAUGUUUAGGAGAUGUGGUGCCCUGUUGCUAAGAAAGUUAAAUUUUGAAAUUGUCGGCCUGAAAGACUGUCGUCGAUUCCCAAUGACUCGCUGCACGGGAAACAAGCGAAGAUCUAAACCAAAGAGUAAAUUUGUCGAAUCGCUUUAGGAAUUAUGAAUGAAUUUAUAUGCUUUAGUUUCUUGCAAUUUAAAAUCAACAAUUUGAGGUAGCGCGCUAUGCUUUUAUAGAUAUAGGUAUAUAGCCUGACGUGCAACACGAAUACAAUGACUAUUGGACAAAUAUAGUUCAUUGACUUUGCAAACAACGAAUGUUAUCAAGGAUUUUGGAUACCAUUCAGGAAUGUGUAUCGACAAAACUGUCACAUUUUUGUGCAAAAAGCACCGACCUACUAUAGCAAGAAAAUAUGAACUAAGAGAAGGAAUCCCCGUGCCCCAUCAUGUGCACACUUUGAUGCUAUUUUUAGAAUCUAUUCUGAAAAUAUCAUCCAAUGAUAUCAUUUAUUUGAUUUUCUGCAC